AUUUGGUCUUGUCUCUUUUUCAAACCUACAAAAAAUGGAGUUAUUCACCAAAGGAAACGCCCUCAAGAUACGGAGCCACCUGGACAAGUUUUUAGUCGCCGAUGACGACCAAGAAACCAUCCGUCAAAGCCGUGAAGGAGAUUCACAGCGAGCCGUUUGGACGGUGGAGACCGUCGUCGGUAAACCCAAUCUGCUACGGUUAAGAAGCUGCCAUGGCACGUACUUAACAGCGAGCAAUAAACCGUUACUGUUGGGUAUGACCGGUGAGAAAGUGACACAAACACCAAAGUCUAACAAACUUAUGGACUGGCAAACACAGUGGGAACCGGUGCGAGAUGGGUUCUCUGUGAAGCUGAAAUCUUGGUGCGGAAAAUGGAUGAGGGCUAACGGUGGAACACCGCCGUGGAGAAACUCCGUUACUCACGACGAGCCUCAUACGUUGAAGACCAAGAACUGGUUGGUUUGGGAUGUUAUUACCGUUGAUGGUUUUGAUCUUGAAAACAUGUCUGAUGGAGAUGAGAGCUCUGUUUCUUCACAUCACUCCGGGUCAGUGCCUGGGUCGCCUACUUCUGCCUGGUCAAAGAAGAGUAUUGGUCGGUUUGCUUCUCUUGGUUUAAGUUCUAUGUCUACGAAAUGGACUCCAAAACCGAAGACGAUAACCUUCAACCAAAAGGAGAAGACGAGUAACUUCAACAAAAACGAAACAGUUUCAGCAAUGGAGUUUUUCCAAACAGCUACAACUAUUCGAAUGCGCAACAGCCACAACAAGUAUCUAUCCGCCAACGACGACGAAGAAACAGUGACUCAAAACAGAAACGGAUCAACCAAAAACGCUCAAUGGACCGUCGAACCCGUUCAAGAUUCAUCCAAUGUAAUCCGUCUUAAAAGCUGUUACGGUAAAUACCUAACCGCUUCCAACGAGCGGUUCUUGCUUGGAGCUACAGGAAAGAAAGUGAUUCAGCUAAAACAGAGUCCACUUGACUCGUCUGUUGAGUGGGAACCGGUGAGAGAAGGUUCCAAGAUUAAGCUCAAGACUAGAGACGGUAACUAUCUAAGAGCUAACGGUGGUCUUCCUCCGUGGAGAAACUCCGUCACGCAUGAUAAUCCUCAUUUGUCGGCUACUCAAGAUUCCAUCUCGUGGGAGGUUGAUGUUGUUGAGAUCAAUUAUCAAAAUUCGGUUGUGUCUCCACCGAAAUCGGAUGGGAGGACAAUAUAUUACCACAUCGCUGAUGAUGAAGGGCAUGUGGAGGACAAGUCAACCGUUGGAGCUGCUUUCACGUUUAAAGGAAACAGUGUGGCAGAACUGACUCGGACACUGCGAGAAGAGACUUGCUUGGAGAAUGGUGUGGUGUGCACUCGCAGUCCGUUAAACGGCGAGCUAUUUCCCCUUCGUUUGCAACUUCCUCCCAACAAUGGAACGUUGCAUGUCGUUUUAGUACCCUUCAGUGCUAGCCUAUAG